ACUGAUAAGUGUGGUGAUUUCACGAUAUUCCGGCCUUCGGUGCGCGCAUCAAAUUAGUUGUGCUAGCGUGAUCAGUGAUUCUGUUACAGUAAUUAUUUAUUACGAAACGUGUUACCCGCCGAAUUUCGUACUCCGUUUAGGUAUCUGCAUUACUGCACAGAGAAUGAGGAACUCGAUUAUUUUUUGUGUUGCUCUGAUCCUGGGUGCCGCUGGGUCACUCAACGCUUUACGCUGCUACGUGUGUACCUCGGCGCAGAGCGGAUGCAGCGCCGACAAUAUGGACAGUGCCUACUCGCAAGAGUGCCCGGCGACCGAUGACAGCUAUAACACCGUGCGGUUCUGCAUCAAAACCGAAAUCGAAGGCACCAACGUCACGAUGCGCGCCUGUGAUUCCGGCUGCAAUGCGAUGGGUACUUGUCUGCGCGGAGAAACCUGCCAGGAUCAGGAGGAGACUGCGAUCCACCUCAAGCAGAAAUCCUGCUGGUGUACCGGGAAUUUAUGUAACAACAGUCCAUCGCUACGGACCGGGACGCCGGUUAUCCUUGCCGUGAUGGUGCCGGUUGCCACUGUCAUCUUACAAAGCCUUACUCGUUUCAUUUAAGGAGCGUUGGUGAACUGUGAUAAUUUUCAAAACUGUGUGGCGUUUUCGCUUAAUUUUGUGCCAUAUACACGACUAUGCCGAGAACUCUCUAGAAUUCUGUUGCGCGACAUACCGACGCGGACAACUGUUUAGUUUAUUACUGAACUUGCAAAACGCAUCUGAACCUAACUUUAACUGCAAAAUGGUUUUAUUACUUUACGAAUGAAGCACACUGUGU